AUGGCUAGUCACGCCAAGACUUUCUGGAAGUCAAGGCCAGACGUCCGUUCAAGUAGGGACAACAUCAUCCUACCACCUGCGACUUUGCUGAACACCCAUCAAUCGACUGUCGGAUACAGUAGACCGAUCAGGGCAUCAGCGAGACGCAUUUGUUAUACACUCGACGACCCAGAUCUCGACGCCGACUGGGAAGAGCUUUUGUCCGCUGAUGACUGUCCGUCAGCCCCACCUGCCGACUUAACAACCUGCGACGCGACAAUCUCCGAUGAGAACGCGAUACACAUCCCUACACAGUCGGAUCUAGAGGAAAAUGCAACCGUUGAGCGCAGCAUGGGCGUGAUCAGGAAAAAUGCCGCCUCGAGGGGUGGUGAUGGAGGCACGAAAUACCAUUGUGAUGUGUGCUCCAUUGACAUAACCUCGACUGUCCGUAUAUCAUGCGCCUCAUCAGCCUGUCGUGAUUACGACCUAUGUGUACCCUGCUUUGCCCGCGGAGAACAUACAAAGUCCCACGACCCAAGGACCCACGAAUACCAUGUGGUCGAGCAAAAUUCCAUUCCCAUUUACACCGAAGACUGGGGUGCCGACGAGGAGUUGUUGCUACUGGAAGGUUCCGAAAGAUAUGGUCUCGGUUCAUGGUCCGAUGUAGCCGAACACAUUGGAGGCUACAGAGAGCGGGAUGAAGUGCGCGACCACUACAUCGACACUUACAUCAACAGUUCUUUGUUUCCCCUCCCUGAACUGGCAGACCCUGCCGAUACAGCUUUGUUUGAACGGAUACCAAAAGACGAGUUUCAAGCUCGCAAGAAACGUCGCAUUGAAGAACGUAAAGAAAUUGCCAAGUCGGCACCUCCAGCAACACCCAAGCAGAAACCUACUGCAUCCGUCCCGGCAUGUCACGAAGUUCAGGGAUUCAUGCCGGGCCGAUUGGAGUUUGAGACAGAAUUUGCCAACGAUGCCGAAGAAGCUGUUCAGCACAUGUCAUUUGAGCCAGGCGACGGCUUGGAUCCUGUGACUGGCCUGAUGGACGAAGAAACCACUUUGAAAAUGACCGUCUUUGACAUCUACAACUCCCGCUUGAAGGCACGGACUGAUCGGAAGAAGAUUAUAUUCGAGCACAACCUUCUUGAAUAUAAAAAGAAUCAAUUGCUUGACAAGAAGCGAACGAAGGAAGAAAAGGACUUGCUACACAAAGCCAAGCCGUUCGGGAGGAUGAUGGGUCAAGAAGAUUUCGAGGCCUUGAAUCGGGAUCUCCUUCUGGAACACAAUUUGCGCAUCGCCAUCUCACAAUUGCAGGAGUGGAAGCAGAUGGGAAUUAGCGACCUCAAAGGUGGAGAAAAGUACGAGGCGGAUAAGCAAGCCCGCGUACAGAGAAAUCAGCCUCAAGGACAAUUUGAUCGCAUGCCACAGAUCCCUAAGAAGGGGAGCCAAAUUCAGCAAGCGGAGCUACCGACGGAAGCAUCCAGAUUGACCACUCCCGAAUUACCAUUACGCUUCCAACGCAAACCCAAGACAGUCCCACAGUUCACCGACAGUGCUCCACCAGUGGAGAAUGAUUUCGACAAGCUGUUUGCAGAAGCCAACGGUACAGACAACUCUAGUGGACCCAAACCCAAGGUGCGUUAUGUCGUACAGCCGCUCACGGGUACCACUCCAUGGAAAUUGGAAAAUGACAAAUCACUUGCACCCGAUCUACAACUUCUCAGCGAAGAGGAGAUUCAGUUGUGCAACACGCUGCAUAUCCGGCCGAAGCCAUAUUUGGCUCUCAAGGAAGGCCUCCUGAAAGAAGCCAUGAAACAAGGUGGACACAUGAAGAAGAAGGAGGCUAGAGGAGUCUGCAGGAUUGAUGUCAACAAAGCGAAUCGUCUAUUUGAUUUUAUGAUUCAUAGCGGCUGGAUCGCGAAGGCUUGAGUUAGGGUGCAUUGUACAAAACAGCAUUAUAUCAUUGAAUCCACCACUGUUAGGUGUCCAACGCCAACCUAGGCUUUUGCCUGCAACGUCCUCAGAUGGUCGAGUCUUUUACGAGACAAGCACAUGAGGUGAUGUGUGUCAGGACUCAUGCCCUCGAUCACGAGCCACGAGUCACGUGCGGUGGACUUUUGCUGAGUCAGUGCGGAGGGUCAUGGCCGUAGACCUUGCACUGUAUCAUUGUAGACCAUCACCAGAGUUUCAAGUCCCACCACACGGUUCGAUGUGACGCACAUCCAUGAUGAUGGCAAAACGUGUAGGACGCGGUUGAUUUAGAGUAAGAGAUGCGGACACAAAAGGGUGGUAAAAUUGGGGUACAAGGUCCACAUGGUGCUUGUUUUUGUGUUUAAGGAUCCAAGUGCCCGUGGAGAGAUAGCCAACGGACUGUCGGUCCAUAGAGGCCUCACAUCUUGGUAUGAUUACGAUUGUGGACGCUCUUUCUCAAGCGAGUCGCGUCAACAGAGUGGCGGUGUCAGUUCAAAGCCAUUGUCACUGUUCUUCCCUGCCCCAGUAACCAUCAAGCCACAGGAUCAUGGGGAAUCUGUCCAACUGACGCAUAGGUCAGAAGCGAGACCGCGCAUAUGCCAAAUGGCGUCAUACAAGCGCCAACCUGACAAUCUUCAUGGCCCCAAAGACAACAGCAUAGUUUUGUCAAGGCCCAGGGACGCACUAAAUGAGCACCAUCGGGCUUUGG